AUGAUUCCAGGAGUUAUGCCAUCUGCAAUACUGUCUGUCCUUGAGUUCUUCUGGCUUGGGCAUCCUGUGGGGUGUCUCUAUUGCUUUCUGCAGCAACAUUUCGUAAAACAAAGCACUCACCUUGGUCAGAUCAAAGGAAUAUACCUUUGUGUUGGUUUGUUUGGAACAAACCCUCCUGUGAAUGGUGGCGGCUUUGGAUCUCUUGGAGGCUUUGUAAGAGCCUUACAACCGAUGGGGUGCUUUAAUUUUGCCAUCUCUGCCACCGCAAUCUCUCUCUCCUCUUAG